AUUACCUUGUUUUUAGCAGUUAGAGUGUCACGUGCCUAGAUGUGGUUUUUCUUUGAAUUUCUCCUGCUUGUUGGUAACUGAGCUUCUUGGAUCUGUUGGGGAGGUGGAUAACUAAUGCCAGGUUUCUGGGUCCUAUUUUUAUAGAAACGAUUACUAUACUCAGUAGGAAGUUGUAGAAAUGAGCACUAUACCCAGUAGGAAGUUCAGCAAACAAAGCUUUAUUGAGAGGUAGUGCACCAGGGAACCAGCAAGAAGAAAGGAGCUGGCUGUUUCCCCAAUAGGAUUGUGUGAGAGGCUGUAGGCUAUUGGAAGCAGAAGGGGCUAAGUUGGGGAAGCUGGUGGACUGUUCUGCUAUCCUUACUGCUGUGGUCAGCAAAUGACUGCUUAAUCUUGUCUCACAACAGGGUUUUAUUUCAGGUUCUGUAAAGACAAAUUUACACAGGCAUUUUCUUAAAAACAAUUCAUGAGACUAGGACAUGUUGGGUUAUUUUUAUAAGGUCUGCUGAUUGCAUUGUAUUCUCCCUUUUUAGUUAUGUAUAUUUAAAAUGCGGGCAGCAGGCAGUUAAUUGGUGUGUCUCGGGUUUUCCCUAUGCAUUCCUGACCUAAUAGGAUGGAGUCUGGUUUUAAGAGUCCCUCUUAUUAUCCCUAUGCUAGCUUACGUAUAUGCAACUUCAUGAGUCGCAUGUCUAAUUAGCAUCUUAAAUAGUGUAGAAAAGUUAACUUUAGGACAGCUCUUUUAGCUAAUGUGCAUGUGCAACUUUAGAAAAUUUCGCUUGGCCCAUUUAUCUCUCCUGCAAUUAUGGUUUGUUAGUUUAUUGUUUCUUAUUAGCCAGGGGAUGUUGCUCAGGUCAUUUUCCUCAGCCACAGAUUCCAGCUAUGUGAUCCAUAAGUUCAUGUUUUUCAUCAAAUUAGGGAAAUUAUUGAGUAAUGCUUCUUGGAAUUUUUUUUUCCCUCCCUAUAGAUCUCUGAGGAUACUGUUCCUUUUUCUUAAGUAUUGUUUUCUUUUUUUGGUGGAGAGGAAUUUUAAGAAAGUAAUUUUUAUUGACCUAGCUUCAGGUUCACUGAACCUUUUUUCUGUUGUAUUCAAUAUUCUGUUAUGCAUAUUUAGUGAAUUUUACAUUUUUGUUGUUGUACAUUUAAGUUAGGAGCUAAGGAGAAAAUGACGAGAGGAAGGUGAAAGGCUUAUUAAUAAAAUGGGUGUGGUAGUAAGAGAAAGAAAAUGCUGCAUUUUGGUUUUACCCUUCUAAUCAUCUCCGUAUACACAUUUGUUUAUCUUUUACUCUUCCAUUUAUUUUCGAAUUUCCUGGUAUUUUAUUUCAGAUGAAAUAGUUUUACUUUUAGUUUUUUUCUAUUUUCUCUUUCCAGCUGCAGUGAUUUUUCACCAAAGCUUUAAAAUUCAUUGCUUUGUUGCCCUUCUCCCAGCAGUUUAAGAACUUGUUUCUGAAAGAAAGAUAAGAAAGAAAGAUCCGGGCAGGGGUUCCUGUCUUUCCUGCUGUCAGCCACUGGGGUGAGGUGAAAUCUAGCUUUGCCCCAAUAUCAGGGAAGAGAAGGGAAAACUUUCACGUAUCUCUUCUUUAACUUAUGGUGGAAACAGAACACCUAUUUUGAAGAUCGGACUACAAGUAAUUAUAAGAAGUGACUUCCAGAAAAAUGAAGAUUAUGGAGAUUCUUUCCCAAGCCAAGAAGAUCUGAACGAAGUUACUUAUAGAGUAUUCAUUUCUUAUUCCCAAAACAAGAAAAUUCAAAUUCUGAGAUCAACACCAUCAAUGUGUUAUUUUUUGGAAAAUUAGCAAAGGACUGUGCAAAAGUUUUCUAUGAAGGGAUGUAAUAUGUAACUAAGAAGAUUGAGUAGCAGAAUGAGGAAGAUAGCAGAAAGAAUGAGCACAGGGGUACUAGGAGUGUGGAUCAGUAAGAAAGAACAGCAUAUUCAAAGACCCUGAGUGAAGAUCCUGAAUGCUGAAGAAUUGUGAAAAGGAGGAAUUCCAGAGACACCAUUGCAGUGGCUGGAUUUAUUGUUUUGUCAUCAUCGUCAUCUGCAAACAGAGAUGGUGAACAUUGCUUAUUUUUGAAAGCAUUUGAGGACUUCAAAUCAACUGUUUAUGUUUAUGUUAAAUCCGUAAUAGAUUUUUCUACAGAAUCAAUGUCUUUGGUUCCAGCGACACGUUAUGUAUAUACACCUUUGAAUGAACUUAAGGGUGGUAUGAUUGUCAAUGUCUAUGGUGUUGUGAAGUUCUUUAAGCCUCCAUAUCUAAGCAAAGGAACUGAUUAUUGUUCAGUUGUAACAAUUGUGGACCAGACAAAUGCAAAGUUAACCUGCCUGCUCUUUAGUGGAAAUUAUGAAGCCCUUCCAAUGAUUUAUAAAAAUGGAGAUAUUGUUCGCUUUCACAGGCUGAAGAUACAAGUAUAUAAAAAUGGGACUCAAGGUAUCACCAGCACUGGCUUUGCAUCUUUGACAUUUGAGGGAACUUUGGGAGCUCCUAUUAUACCUCGUACUUCAAACAAGUAUUUUAACUUCACAACUGAGGACCACAAAAUGGUAGAAACCUUACGUGCUUGGGCAUCUACUAAUAUUUCACCUUCUUCGACGUUAGUAAAAUUGUGUGAUGUUCAGCCAAUGCAGUAUUUUGAUCUGACUUGUCAGCUCUUGGGUAAAGCCGAAGUGGAUGGAGCAUCAUUUCUUCUAAAGGUGUGGGAUGGCACCAGGACCCCAUACCCAUCUUGGAGAGUCUUAAUACAAGACCUUGCUUUUCAUGGUGACUUAAGUCACAUCCAUCGGCUGCAGAAUCUGACAAUAGACAUUUUAGUCUAUGAUAACCAUGUUCAAGUGGCGAAAUCUCUGAAGGUUGGAAGCUUUCUUAGAAUUUAUAGCCUUCACACCAAACUUCAAUCAGUGAAUUCAGAGAAUCAGGCAACAUUGCUAGCUCUAGAAUUUCAUCUCCAUGGAGGUACCAGUUAUGGUCGGGGAAUCAGAGUCUUGCCAGAAAGCAACUCUGAUGUGGAGGAACUGAAAAAGGUUUUAGAACAUGCAAAUUUGACAGCCAAUCAGUGUCCAGAUGGCAUAUGUCAAUCAGAACAUGAGGACAGCUUUCCAACAAGCUCUGGAUCAGUAUCACUAUAUGAAGUAGAAAGAUGUCAACAACUGUCGGCUACAAUACUUACAGAUCAUCAGUAUUUGGAGAACACCCCACUAUGUGCUAUUUUGAAACAAAAAGCUCCUCAACGAUACCGUAUCCGAGCAAAAUUGAGGUCAUAUAAGCCCAGAAGACUUUUCCAGUCUGUUAAACUUCAUUGUCCUAAAUGUAAUUCACUGCAAGAAGUUCCACAUGAGGAUGAUUUGGAUAUAAUUUUGCAAGAGGGUGCAACUAAAAUCCCAGAUAUCAAACUACAAAAUACACCAUUAUAUGAUUCAAAAGUCUGGACCACUAAAGAUCAAGGAGGACGAAAAGUAGCAAUUCAUUUUGUGAAAAAUGAUGGUAUUCUCCCACUUUCAAAUGACUGUCUAAUUUUGAUAGAAGGAGGUACACUCAGUGAAAUCUGUAAACUUGCAAACAAGUUUCACAGUGUAAUUCCUGUGAGAUCUGGCCAUAACGACCUAGAACUUCUUGACCUUUCAGCACCAUUUCUUAUACAAGGAAAAACACAUCACUAUGGAUGUAAACAGUGUUCUAGUUUGAGACCAAUACAAAAUCUAAAUUCCCUGGUUGACAAAACAUCAUGGAUUCCUUCUUCUGUGGCAGAAGUCCUGGGUAUUGUACCCCUUCAGCAUGUGUUUGUGAUGACAUUUACUCUUGACGAUGGAACAGGAGUAUUGGAAGCUUACCUCAUGGAUUCUGACAAAUUCUUCAAUAUUCCAGCAUCAGAAAUCCUAACCAAUGAUGACCUUCAGCAAAGUAUGGAUAUGAUCAUGGAUAUGUUUUGCCCUCCAAGAAUAAAAAUCGAUGCAUAUCCGUGGUUGGAAUGCUUCAUCAAGUCGUAUAAUGUCACAAGUGGAGCAGAGCAGCAAAUUUGCUAUCAGAUUUUUGACACCGUUGUUGCAGAUGAUCUUUUCUAAUAUUGACAUUCAACCUUGCAUAUGUAAAACAUUACUAUUUUCUAUGAGAUUGCUAUAAAACAUGGAACGAUUUA